GGACAAACAAGCAGCAAAAAAAGUUCAAGUUUUUUCAAUCAUGGGAAGGAAACUGGAUGCUCUACUGGGAAGGAACAGAUAUUUGAAGCCUUCCAAGAUCAAAAUCCUUGUAAACAUGGCCAUUUCCAGGACUGCCAUCCUUAAAAACCAGCACCGUGCUCGCUGCUCCCUUGCCCGGGCCGACGUUCUUCAGCUCUUGAACCUCAGUUACCAACACCGCGCUCAGCUUAGAGUUGAGAUUGUGAUCAAGGAGAAUAACAUGAUGGAUGCACUUGGAAUGAUAGAGGAUUACUGUUCCCUCCUCAUAGAAAAAGUGGCUCUACUUCAAAUGAACAAGGAAUGCCCUGGUGAAGUUAAGGAGGCAAUAUCAAGUCUGAUCUUUGCAUCUUCAAGGUUUGGAGAGUUUCCCGAACUCCAGGAGAUUCGUCGGAUUUUCGAGCUGAAAUUCGGGAAAGAGUUUGCUAGCAGUGCCGUUAAUUUACGCAACAAUUGUGGAGUUAGUCCCAAGAUGAUCCAAAAGUUUUCAACAAAGCAGCCCAACGCUGAAACUAAACUGAAAGUUCUAAAGGAAAUCGCUUCUGAGAAUGGCAUAACUCUGCAUUUAGAGGAAGAACCUGCAAUAGUCAUCAAGGUAAACCAGAAGAUGGAAACCAAGAAAUCAGCAGACUUAGAUAACCCAGAAGUCAUGAACACCACAGAUAAUCCACAUGAAGUUAUUAUGAGUGAGGAGAUAGCAUCAGAAUCAGUGAGAGAAAAGAAGUUUAAAGAUGCAGCUAGUGCCGCUAAAGAAGCCUUUCAAUCAGCAGCUUAUGCAGCAUUAGCAGCUAAAGCAGCGAUCGAACUUUCAAGAUCUGAAUCACAGGAUAUUCAUAUAGAGGAAAGAAACUCCGAUUUGGAGAGUUCUCAUGAACCCAAGAUUAAUCCUGAUGAGCUUGAAAGUUGCAGUUCAGAAUAUGAAGAUCAAGACGCAGCAGAAAGCAAUCAAGAAGAAUUCCCAGAAGAACCAGCCAAAGAAAUUAUGUUGUCUGAUCCGAAUUUGGAUUCAGAUGUUAGCAAUCUGAAGGAGCAAUCAUCAUCAUCUAAACCAAAUUCAAUCAGCCACAAUGAGCCAGAAAGUGACAAGUUAAUGAGUAAAGAAGAUGAAGUUGUAAGUAAAAACAAAAUUUCAGAAGAGGAUAUCAGAGUUGAGGAAUCAAAGUAAAUUUCAUAGCAUAUUUCAACUUGAUUUUGCUGAAAUCCCUAGAUCGGAAGCAGACAUGAAGUAUACAAUCAAUAGCUUCUAAUUUCUAUUCAAUCAAUUUUGGUAGAGCAGACAUGUAAACAUUAUGUUUUUUUCGAGAUUUCUAUUCGAGCACAAUACAAUAAUGAAGAAAUCGUCGAUUUUGCAGACGUUCAUUU